AUGCCAGCCCAAAUACAGGAAUUGGAAACUAUGGAUGAAGAUCGAUUAACUUUAGACGUCUUGGAUAAGUUUAUUAAUUGCCAUGAGCAAACAUAUGAAGAAUUUCUGAACACUUUUACUCAUCUUUCAAAAGAGGAUAAUGGGACCAAAAAGGGAGCAUUUGGAGCUGAUUGCUCUGAAAAUGUAGUUGCUGCAGCAAAGUGCAUUCCUAAAAUGGGACCAAAGGACCAUCAUCUCAGAACCAAAACGGCCUUUCUUCAUACUUCAUCGCAGUGUUCAGAAGAAGAACAGAACAAUUUUCUAACUUUAGAAGAUUUGGACAUAAAUGAAGAUAUUCAUCCCCAGAUGGACAAGGAUUUGCUGCUGCUGCCAGGGGAAGUGGAACAGAAUGUCAGCUCCAAUGCUCCUUCUUACAUUCCUUUGGUAAACCAGCUCCUUACCCCUGAAGUAAAGCCAAGGCCCAUCACAGAUGGAGUUGGCAGACCAGUAGAAGAGACCCCUAGACUACAGGGUGUACUUGGAGAUGAAGUUCAACCCUUCUUACUUGAUGAAGACUUUGAUUAUGACAGUGUGACGCUAACCCCCAAGUUCACGUCUGCAGAAAUGGACAUCCUUAAAGAGCUAUCCAAACAAAAGGAAGAGAACCAUGACACAGACUCAGAGGGACCCCAUGGCUGA